ACGCGUGCGCGCGAAUAUAUAAUUUGCAUAAUAUUGCAAAACCGUGCUAUUUGCUAUAGCAUAUUAUUGUACUAACUUCCAUUGUAUUAUAUGUUUACAGGAAUUUAUCUCGAACAAUAAUUAAAAAAGGAGAAGAAGAACUCCUUUUCUUUUCUCAGACUAAGACAGACUGCCUGAGAGAUAAGUCAAGAAACACAUCCGGAAAGUAGCACUUUUUUGGGCUGAGGUUUAGCAAUGACAGCGCCGGCGAUCGGUAUCGAUCUGGGCACGACCUAUUCCUGCGUCGGAGUCUUUCGUCAUGGCAAGGUGGAGAUUAUCGCCAACGAUCAGGGGAAUCGCACCACGCCGAGCUACGUCGCGUUCACGGACACCGAACGAUUGAUUGGCGACGCGGCAAAGAAUCAAGUAGCCAUGAAUCCCGUGAAUACAAUUUUCGAUGCUAAAAGAUUAAUCGGUAGAAGAUUCGAAGAUUCAUCUGUGCAAUCCGACAUGAAGCAUUGGCCAUUCGCGGUUAUCAAUGACGGAGGCAAACCGAAAAUCCGACUGCAAUAUAAAGGCGAAGUGAAAUCUUUCUUCCCCGAAGAGAUCUCCUCAAUGGUUUUGACCAAGAUGAAGGAAACUGCGGAAGCUUACCUGGGUACGGCCAUCAGGAACGCCGUGGUCACGGUCCCGGCGUAUUUCAACGACUCUCAACGUCAAGCGACGAAGGACGCGGGCACUAUCGCCGCCCUGAACGUCCUGAGGAUCAUUAACGAGCCGACCGCAGCCGCCAUCGCUUACGGACUUGACAAAAAGAGUCACGGUGAAAGGAAUGUUCUGAUCUUCGAUCUCGGCGGCGGUACUUUCGACGUAUCAAUACUGACUAUCGAUAAUGGUAUAUUUGAAGUUAAAGCAACAGCCGGUGAUACUCAUCUCGGCGGAGAAGAUUUCGAUAACCGUCUCGUCGCACAUUUUGCGCAAGAGUUUGUGAGAAAAUACAAGAAAGAUCUGAUGAAGAAUAAACGAGCUGUUCGUCGGCUGAGAACCGCCUGCGAGCGUGCCAAGAGAACGCUAUCCUCUUCUACGCAGACCAGCCUCGAAAUCGACGCUUUGCUCGAUGGCAUCGACUUUUACACCUCGCUCACGCGCGCUCGUUUCGAGGAAUUAAACCAAGAUCUCUUUAAAAGCACUCUGGAACCAGUGGAAAAGGCAUUACGCGAUUCUAAAAUGAAUAAGACAGAGAUCCAGGAUAUAGUUCUUGUCGGUGGAUCAACAAGGAUACCACGCAUUCAAAAGCUUCUACAGGAUUUUUUCAACGACAAGGAAUUAAAUAAAUCCAUAAACCCGGACGAGGCUGUGGCUUACGGCGCGGCAGUUCAGGCUGCCAUUUUACACGGCGAUAAGUCCGAAGCCGUGCAAGAUUUGUUGCUGCUCGACGUGACUCCUCUAUCGCUUGGCAUCGAAACGGCUGGUGGUGUAAUGACGGCUCUCAUCAAACGCAAUACAACUAUCCCGUCGAAACAAACGCAGACGUUUACCACAUACUCUGACAAUCAGUCGAGCGUGCUGAUACAAGUUUACGAGGGGGAAAGGGCGAUGACCAAAGACAACAAUCUUUUAGGAAAGUUCGAACUGUCUGGCAUCCCGUUGGCAUCACGAGGGACACCUCAGAUCGAAGUUACAUUCGACAUUGACUCCAACGGCAUCCUGAAUGUCUCAGCGACGGAAAAAUCGACGAAUAAAGAAAACAAAAUAACGAUUACCAAUGACAAGGGACGCCUCAGCAGAGAAGAUAUCGAGCGAAUGGUGAGCGAAGCGGAAAGAUAUCACGCCGAGGACGAGAAACAAAGGGAAAGAAUAAUGGCUAAGAACAACCUGGAAUCAUAUUGCUUUAAUAUGAAGAGCAUAGUCGAGGAAGAAAAGGUCAAGGAAAAGAUACCGGAGGCUGAUCGAAAACGCAUCAGCGAAAAGUGUAACGAGAUUAUCAAAUGGAUGGACACAAAUACGUUAGCAGCAAAAAAGGAGUUCGAGACAAAGCUGAAAGAAGCUGAGAAGAUAUGUAACCCUAUUAUAAAAAAAUUCUAUGAAAGUACCGGUGCUGUACCAAACUUUCCAGAAUAUGGCAGACAAACCGCUGCUGGUAACACUAGUGGUGGUCCGACUAUCGAAGAAGUAGACUAAUUAUGCAAAAUAAAUUAUGAGAAAGAGUAAAUAUAUCAUUGGACAAUCGUACAAUGUGAUUUCAGAGUUUUUUCAUUAAUCAACAAUUUUGAUAACGAUACUAUCUUGAGAUUAUAACUACAAAAUAUUUGUAAUAAAAUUUAAUAAUUUCUAAUAAAAAUUAAUUUACUAUAUAUUAAUUAUAGAACUAAUUUAUAACAUUUCUACAUUCAUUUAGACAAGAAAUUAUAUAAAUUAAAUUCUAAAUAUAUCUUUUUAAAAUUUUACAAAAUAAAUGAGAGUUAUGUAUAUUUAUGCAACUUUAGCUUUUUGGCUUAAUGUUUCUUAUUCUAGCAACGCACAAGAAGGCAAAGUCAAACGUAAACUUCCGUAAGACUGACAGUCUUAUUUUAAUAACUUCUUAUUGGUAAGCAAAACAGUUUUUUAUCGUAUGAAAAAAUAGACACUUCAUUUAUGAAUUCCAACAUGUUAUUUAUUGUAAGCGAGCUUGAGAAAUGUAAUUACCGUAAUUAUCGUAAUGAUUUCGUACACAUUUGUAUAGGAUAAUAUUGUCAGACUAACAACGACCUAGCGUCGUCGCUUACAAGUGACGCGCGAAUGUGUAUGUGUAAUUAUUAUAUUGCUUUCGCAUAAAAACGUAAAAUUAUAUAUGGUAAUAUUUAUACAGCGAGAACAUUAAAUAUUAAUAGUCUUUAGAGCUAUAGUGUGUGAUAGCUUACGAAUUAUAUAUAAUGGAACGUUUCUUCUCGUAAAAAAUACAUAUCCAGAGCACCAUGUUUCGAUUAAUUUGUUAUGUACAACAGCUGCGUCUGGCGGGGACAGGGGAAAAUAAAGAAGAUGACAAUCGCAUUCGAUAUUGCCGCCGCGCGGCGUAAUGCUGCUCGCAAAUACAUUAUAACGGUGGUUGUUACAUCCGAUUAACGGCAAGAUUAUAAUAUUCGCCGCAGCCGAUUCGCAAAUAUCGAGAGACAAACGAGGAACAGAAACUGACUAUUAUGCCGCAAAAUUUUAUGCCCUGUACUCAGUCUUUCUCAUCAUUAUCAUUAUCGCAAUUGUUAUCGUCUGAUUUUGGUUUGCGACACUUUAUCUUUGUAUCCAUGCUCUAUUUGCGAUUAUACCGAGUUAUAUUGUUUGAGAUCAAGCGCGAUUUGCUUUGUGAACGGGCAAUGUGAAGAGGGUUUAAAUGCGCGGGGCCAAAUAAAAUCGGACAUUUCUUUGAGUCAUGAGGCAUGGUUGGGAUGGAUUUCGUCUCGAGAUCCUUGGGUCCUCGGUAAAUGUUCCAUUACCAAGCUUAAAGAUUCGGAGAUCCAUCCUUCCGUGAAAUUUCGUUUAUAGUCUCUUCUCCGCCCUCGAUAGAAUAGCGAUGAGCGGGGAGGGGGCAAUUGGUAAUGGAAAAAGGCGUGAGAUACAAACGGAGACGUAAAAUGGGACAGGAAAAAAGAUGAAAUAUGAGAUUUUUUUUUAUCGAAGUGACCGUGGCAUAAAAUUUCUCGCUGAACCAUCAUGGAGGCUCGAAUACGACACGCGAUUUUUUUCUGCGGUACUUUCGAGAGUCCUUGGUGGAAUCGUAUAGAGUAAAUAAGAUCACAAGCGUCAUAGGGGCUGACAAGAACCCCCGGGAGUUAGAACAAUACGUAAAAAUAGUAUUUCGUUGUACACGUAUGCGUGUAUGUAUGUGUACGUAUUCAUGUGUACGUGUGUAACGUGUUAACGUAAAGAUGUAUUAUAUGCAUAUUUACGUGUAUGGGUAUGUGUUUGCACUUAAUCUACUUAUUAUUAUAUACACAUAUAAUGCUGCUCCAGUUGCCUGCAUCAUUGAGUUAUUUAAAUGCCGCGCAAUUGCUUAGACAAAACGUGAACUCUCCUUAUUCUUAUAUCACAUCUCGUAUAUAAGAAGGCACCACAAAUAAUCUUAGAUCGAAAAUCUAGCGAUUUGCCUCGCGAACAAUAGAUUAGUAUACUAACGACAGGUAACGUGCAUUCUCGGAUCUUCAAUAGCAUCGUCUUGCGUUUCUUUUGCGAAAGGUCCUUUAAACAUGCAACGGAUUAUUAGCAUCUUCGAGCGUCCAUAGUUGCGUAUCUACAGGCGAAUAUUGCACCGGAGUUACACUGCACAGUGCUAUUGUCGCGUUUCUAAAUAAUUUGCGAUAAAAAUACACAUACAUACAUAUAUAUGUAUAAUAAUUUUAUUGUGUG